AUGACGGACCAUACUGCUUCUGUCGCCGAAGCCAAUGCUGCCCGUCUCCCUCUCGGAUACCGUGACUCGUGCAGUGCGCUGUUGAUCCCAUUGAACAAAUGCCGUCGGAAGACGUUUUACGCGCCAUGGGAAUGCGAAAACGAGCGCCACACAUACGAGAGGUGCCAGUACCAAGAUUUCUUGCAGCGCCAAAAGAAGCUGCAACAGCUUGUCGCAGAGAAGGCGGCCGCAGCUGCAGCGGAAGACUAG